UUUCUUACUGAUAUCUAGGUACUUUCUAUUCUGGAUGGUAAUCCUUAGUGUUAUGUUACAAAUAGGUAAUGUCUACUUCAUCUUUAAAGGUUCAACUCAGUUCCCUUCUCUUCUUUGAGACCUUUGCUGACAGCUCCACUCCACACUGCUUGCCCCCUCUAUGACCACAGAACUCAGCACACAUGGCCCCAUAGAGAUUCACCUUUAUAUAUGUUCCCAGUUAGCCCACUGUAAGCUUGAAGGCUGAAAUGGGAUUUUAUUGUCUUUUAAAUUAUUUCUCCUAUCUUGUCUCUUUCUUCCCCAAAAUACCAACACAAAACUCAAAGUAGAUUCUGGACCUACUAUACUUUGGAUUUGGUUUCCAAAGCAAUGUUUGCUGCUGACAAUGUGAGCAUAUGACCCUUUUCAUUUCAGCUUCUAUGGCAUUCCACUCUAUGCCUUACAUGGCUAAGUGGGAAGUAAUAGAAUAGGUAAAAUACUUCCACAGAAGAAACUUGAGAAGUUGUUCCAACUCUCAUGAACUAGAGAACACAGCACCCCUGAAAGGAGACAUUGUAAUUCAGGUCCAGCUAAUUAUUGUUAAGUGGGAAAACAAGCUCCAUGUUGACAGAUUUUCCAUCUUUCAAAAGCUGAAAGUCUGUAUUUUAAUGUUAAUUAUAAUUUUUAAGUGUUAGGCCAACAUCAUGCGUUUUUUGGGUUAGGAGUGUAUUGAGGUCAGACUCUGCAUCUGAUUAAUUCAGAAGUCUGGCAUAUAACGGGUAUUCAAUGUUUAUUGAAGAAAGUUUUUGCACUGUUUUGUUUCUCCCAUUAGACUGAAUGAAGCAUCCAGAACAACUGAUGAAAGAUAAAGGCACUUACGUCAUUGUCAUGAAUUUGUUAGUUGUCCCAGUGCUGUUUUAUUUCUCUCUUUCAAACUAGAGUCUACGCAUCAUGAAGGCAGAGACCAUGUUAUUCAUCACAUCAGCUUCCAACACAACACCUGGCAGAUGAAAAGGAAGGAUGAAGGGGAGGCCUGGCUGAGCUGUCAUCCCCCAGGGAAACCGACUUUGUAUGGCAGCCUAACUUGUCAAGGAAUUGGCCUAGAUGGCAUCCCAGAGGUUACAGCUUCAGAAGGAUUUAUUGUGAAUGAAAUAAACAAGAAAAGCAUUCAUAUUUCAUGUCCAGAGGAAAGUUCAUCAUCUAAAUUUUUGGCACCCAAUACCACCUUUUCCAGAAUUCAUGCCAAGAGUGUAACAUGCCUGGACAUUUCCAGUGGAGGAGGCCUUGGUGUAUCUGCUAGUGCUGAUGGGAGUAUGAAAAUCUGGCAGGCUGCCAAUGGAGAACUCAGAAGAGUAUUGGAGGGACAUGUGUUUGAUGUGAGUUGUUGCAGGUUUUUCCCAUCAGGCCUUGUGGUUUUGAGUGGGGGAAUGGAUGCCCAGCUGAAGAUCUGGUCAGCUGAAGAUGGUAACUGCGUGGUGACAUUCAAAGGUCAUAAAGGAGGUAUCCUGGAUACAGCCAUUGUUGAUCGGGGGCGGAAUGUGUUGUCUGGUUCUCGAGAUGGGACAGCACGACUUUGGGAUUGCGGGCGCUCAUCCUGCCUGGGAGUCCUUGCAGACUGUGGUUCUUCCGUCAAUGGACUGGCUGUGGGUGCUGCUGACAACUCCAUCAAUCUUGGCUCCCCUGAGCAAAUGCCCAGUGAACGGGAAGUUGGAACAGAAGGGAAAAUGCUGCUGUUGGCCCGGGAAGAUAAGACGCUUCAGUGCUUGGGACUACAGAGCAGGCAGCCAGUGUUCCUCUUUGUUGGCUCAGAUGCCUUCAACUGCUGUACUUUUCUCUCUGGCUUCUUACUAUUGGCUGGGACACAAGAUGGAAACAUUUAUCAGUUGGAUGUGAGAAGUCCAAGGGUUCCAGUGCAAGUUAUCCACAGAUCAGGAGCACCAGUUCUGUCCCUGCUGAAUUUCAGAGAUGGAUUCAUUGCUAGCCAAGGUGAUGGAAGUUGUUUCAUUGUCCAGCAAGACUUAGACUAUGUCAUUGAGCUCACCGGGGCUGACUGUGACGCUGUGUACAAGGUAGCCACAUGGGAGAAGCAGAUCUACACUUGCUGCCGAGAUGGUCUUGUACGACGCUAUCAGCUUUCUGACAUCUGACCCCUUGGAAAUCCUCAGAUAGUGAGAAUAUCACUCUUGAUCAACAAUGAGCUGAAACAUCAUCAGUCCUUCCCAAGGACUAUGGCCCUUUAUUGUCCUUGGCACAAGAAACUUGGCCACUCUGGUCCAUGAGGAACCAUCAUCCCAUAAUGAGAACUGCUUUGAACUGAGUAAGAAGCUCACCUGUGCUCACUGCAUUUGCCCCAAUUUACUUUUCCAUGUGUAAACUCACCCCAGCAACCCAGGGCAAGGGGAUGGGUGCUUACAGUUUGAUCUCACUAUAGUUGUGUUAUGUAUUUACAAGGACCAGAGAACUAAAGCCUGUUCUCUGCAGGAAAUAAAGGAAAUGUGUUUGGA